GGGUGUCGAUCGCAGUCACCUGCGGGGCGAGGGACGGUUGUCGCAUGCUGCAGAUGGUACGGACCCUCGCCCAGUUCACCAUCGCCUUGGAGGAGAUGCAGGAGAGUGGAGAGAGCCCCAGUGAUGAUGGAGGAGGAGGAGGGGUGGGUGAAGAGGUGGACAGGUCUGUCGCUGUCGAGCCCAAUGGAAACAGGGUUGCGAGAGGCGUGGGCGCUCCUCAGACCAAUACAGAGGACAUGAGAAGACAUGUGAUGAUGACUUUACUGGACACUGAACAAUCUUACGUUGAUGCUCUGCGCACGCUCGUUCAGGGUUACAUGAAGCCCCUCAAGCACCCGGAGAACUCCCCUCUCUGUGACCCGUCCCUGGUAGACGAGAUGUUUUACCAGAUCCCUGAGAUUCUAGAACAUCACGAGCAGUUCCUGGAGCAGGUGCUGGACUGUGUCAACCAGUGGCAUGACAAACAGACUAUCGGACACGUGCUCAUUCAGUCGUUUUCCAAAGAGAUCCUCGCCGAUAUUUAUUCAGCAUACAUCGACAACUUCAUGAACGCCAAAGACGCAGUGAGAAUUGCAAAGGAAGCCAAGCCUGCUUUCCUAAAGUUUUUAGAGCAAAGCAUGCGUGAGAAUAAGGAGAAACAAGCUCUGGGUGAUCUGAUGAUAAAGCCAGUGCAGCGGAUCCCACGAUACGAGUUGCUAGUUAAGGAUCUUCUGAAACACACUUCUGAGGAUCACCCAGACUACCUGUUUCUGCUGGACGCCCAGAAGAACAUCAAGCGAUUGGCCGAGAGGAUCAACAAGGGCAGACGAAGCGCAGAGGAGCUGGAGAAGGAGACGCGCGUCAUGCAGGAGAUCGAAGCGCACAUUGAGGGAGUGGAGCAUAUCCUGAAUCCGCAGAGGAAGUUCCUGAGACAAGAGAUGGUGGUGGAAGCGAAAACGGUGGGCGGUAAGAAGGACCGAUCUCUCUUUCUGUUCAGCGAUCUGCUCAUCUGCACCACGCUGAAGAGGAAGUCUGGAUCUCUUCGCAGGAGCUCAAUGAGUUUAUAUUCCGCUGCUAGUGUCAUUGACACCUCGAGUAAAUAUAAGUUCCUGUGGAAACUGCCCUUAGAAGACGUGGAGGUGGUUAAAGGUUCUAAUCAAGCCACUAACAGAGAAAACAUCCAGAAAACCAUCAGCCGUCUGGAUGAAGAUCUCAGCACUCUUGGACAAAUAAGCAAGCUGUCAGAAACACUCAGUUUCCCCCAUCAGAGUUUGGAUGAUGUGAUAAAGGAUCUGAUGGCAUCAGUGCACCGGGAGCUGGCGGAGAAACAGUCUCUGGCUUUCAGCAUGACGUUACUACCCACUAAACUAGAGCUGACCACCGCUUCAGCCGAAACCACCUUCAUCUUUGAGUUCAGCAGCCCUGAUGCCCGUAGUAACUUUGAGCAGGCGUUUGAGGAGGCCAAGAAGAAGCUCGCCAUGAACAAAGAUCAGUGGGACCCAGAGUUCCUGAAGGCCAUUCCCAUUAUGAAGACCCGCAGCGGGAUGCAGUUCUCCUGCGCCUCCCCCAGCCACAGCUGUCCAGAGAACACAUAUGAGGUGUGGGUGUGUAACAGCGACGGGUAUGUUGGUCAGGUGUGUCUGCUGAACAUUCGAGACGAGCCCACGGUGGAGGCCUGCAUCGCCGUCUGCUCUGCUCGGAUCAUCUGCAUCGCCGCCGUGCCUGGCCUGAAGAACAGAGAACGUGUCGGUCAUUCCACGCCCUCCGCCCCAUCUGAGUCAAAUCCUACGGCGUCUACACAACCCCAGCUCCAUAUCUGUAUCUCUGGCUCAUCUCUGGAGCUCAGCGAGCCCCCCACGGUGCCCGCCGCAGAGCUUGUUCCUUUUGACAGCGAUGACACCGAUGAUGAAGACUCUCCCAGCCCUUCAUCGACACUGCAGAGUCAAGCCUCCCAUUCCACCAUCUCAUCCAGCUUCGGCAAUGAUGAGGCAACUGUUUCAAAGGACAUGGCCACAGAGACCACCAGCUCCGAGGAGGAACAAGAGUUUCCCGUCCCCAACUCAUUCGGGCCCCCUCGGCUCAGUGCGGACAGUCCCAUGGAUGGCCGUGCCAUGCGGCGGUCCAGUCGAGGGUCCUUCACCCGUGCCAGCCUGGAAGACCUGCUGAGCAUCGACCCGGAGGCGUACCAGAGCUCUGUCUGGCUUGGGACAGAGGACGGCUGCAUCCAUGUGUACCAGUCAUCAGACAACAUCAGAAACAGGAAGAACAGUAUGAAGAUGCAACAUUCUGCUUCUAUCCUCUGUAUCCUGUAUCUUGACAACAAAGUGUUUGUGUCGCUGGCAAACGGGGAGGUGAUUGUUUAUCAGAGGGAAGCAGGAAGUUUCUGGGAUCCUCAGAGUUCUCAAACGCUGUGUUUGGGCUCUCCAAGCGGACCUGUGACCAAAAUGGUACCUGUGGCGGGAAAACUGUGGUGUGGCUGUCAGAACCGGGUCCUUAUCAUCAACACCAGCACUUUAAUACAAGAGCACUCAUUCCAAGUGGGUCAGGACAGCGGGCGCUGUGUGACCAGUAUGGUGAGUUAUGGCAAAGGCGUGUGGAUCGCUCUACAGGGCAGUGCUCACGUGCGGCUGUACCACGCCUCCACCUACGAGAGCCUCACAGAGGUUGACGUGGCACCAGCCGUGCACAAGAUGCUUGCAGGCUCUGAUGCCAUUAUCCGGCAGCACAAAGCAGCCUGUUUGCGGAUCACCGCUCUUCUGGCAUGUAAGGACCUGCUGUGGAUUGGCACCAGUGCAGGGGUGGUCCUGACUCUGGCCAUCCCACCAGUGUCCUCCAGCACUGGGCCGGGAACUGUGCGUGCUCCCCUCCUCCCCAUGGGCUCCGCCCACGGCCACACCGGACACGUCCGCUUUCUCACGUGCAUUGAGCUGCCCGAGGGCUUUGACGUCAACUUCCCACCGACGUCAGAAUCAGUGAACUCGGCACAGAACAACUCUGAGAGCAGCAGCGGAGGCCUGCAGAGACGAGACUCAGCCCGACGGCGCGCCUCCACCCUCCUGCCCGUCAAAUCCAACCUGCUGGUCAUCAGCGGCGGCGACGGCUAUGAAGACUUUAGACUGACCAAUAGCAGCGAGACGGUGGGACGGGACGACAGCACCAACCACUUACUGCUGUGGCGCGUGUAACGGAAGCCCCGCCCCCCCACGACAAAAGCUGGACAAGCCCACGCACUUCCCCCCCAAAACCCCGCCCCUUCCUGUUCUCUAAUGCGUUGUGUACAAGCGUGUAACACGUCAACAAAUGGGGUGUUUGUUUUUCGUUACGUUGUGUUAUGUCAUUUUGUUUCUUGGUGUGAAAUAUAGAUCUCGCUUGCCAUGUGGUGUUUCCUGUGGGCGCUUUUGAAUAUUGUGUUGAAACUUUAGAAGCAGCUUUAAAAGCGGACAGAGAAGAAAAAAUGAUUGUAAAAACCCUCACGGGAAGAAGAGAAGAUCAUUGGAGAGAGAAAAAAAACAGGAACAGGUUAAGUAAAAAAGGAAGAAAGAAUUGUUCGGUUGUUGUUGGAUAGAGAGAAGGUUUGAACGCAUCGCACGAGACAGGAAGGAUAUUGUGGGUAAUUGUGGAUGGACGUACAGAGGGGAAAGACAAGUUUUUUUCAUCCUUCACUUUGUCCGCACACUUUUAUGGUCAACUACUGGUCUCGACAGACUGUGAUUUGAUUCGAGAAUGAAGAUGUUUUUGUUAAACCUCUCACCUGUGCCGAGAUGAGAGUUAAUCUUACGUAACCAAUGUGCAAUAUAAGGCUAGAGUACCUACAAACCGCUAUACAACACACACACACACACACACACACACACACACUUUACUACUCAAAUAAUCAACAAACUCACAGUCAAGAGUUAUUACACAUUAUCACUUUAUUCUUUUGGUUAUAAAAUCAAUUUUAUGUAUAAAAAAAAUAAGACAUUCACUAUAUUAUGUAAAAGAACAGCAAUGACAUUCCAUAUAUAGGUAUUCUGACAAAAAAAAUCCUUUUGUACAGUAUUUAUGUUUUUUCAUUUUUAGUUAAGUCUUUUUUAUAGCACUUAAUUUAUAAAUAAGGUAGUCUGGCGUUUUUCUCUACUGAAAUAUUUUGACGCUCAACUCAAGUUGGGUGAGGUCGCGUUUGUGAGAUUGAUUACAUUUUUUUUUGAAACCUUAUUUGAGUGACGAAACAUCCAGGUCAUAUUUUACCCUAAAAUCAAAAGAUAAAAAAUAAUAAUUUUGCAUAAAGAAAAUAAAGCCUAUCUUCAGGAGCAUUUAAGAUGUUUGCAUUGUGUUAUUUUAAUCACAAUUAAGCACAUUUCUCCCUCAUUUUUAAAAAUUGUAAUGCAAAAAUAUAAUUCACAUUACUGUAAAACCUUCUUUUCAGGCAAUUUUUUAAAUUAAAUUUAGUACAACAAAUACUAUAGUAUGUAUUUUAAAGAUGUACUGUAUUUUUUCACAUUACAAUAAUGAGACCUUUGGGGGAAAUGUGAUUAAUUGUCAUAAAAAUAAUGUAAAAAAUAUAUAGUGUAUUUGAAUAUAGUAUUUUUGAAUAGUUUGAAUUAUAACCUGGACAUGUUUUUGACAGGUUUCUUGAGAUUCACCCAUGGACAGCUUUGUAAUUUCAGUCGUCGUUUUCAUCACCUUGGUAAUUUAGGAAAAGGGAAUUGCUCAGAUGUUGUUUCUAAAGACUGCCUCGAUUUGACAUAUAGAGUUUGGAGUUAAAAGAUGAACUCUGUGCUCUUUUGUGAGUAGAUUAUGACACGUAGAAUGAAGUCAGACGGGUUACAGCCCUUCAGCUACAUGUGGCUGCUUAUGAGAGACAAUUAUCUGCUAAAUCGCUCUGCCUGCGCCGCCCGCCAUCAGGUGGGUCGACUACCUGUUAAAUGAGCAAUUUCAGCUGCCUUAGUUUGUCUGGAAAGAACAGAGUCAGUCAGAAACACACCCAAACACUCGCUCACCUGCAUCUAAAACAUGCUGAAUGACCUGAAGGAUGAGAAGUCAGACUUUUCCCAGACUGCAUCAUGCAUGGAUAUUCAUGGGAAUAUAUCACGAGUUUGUUUUAUUGAUUGGCCUGGGUAGAUAUGAACGCUCGCAGGUGGAAAUCAUCAAAGCAUUUCAGAAAAUAACUUCUUAUCACGAACAAGAUCCUAUUUUCAUAAACUGAGUCUGCAUUUUCAAGUUUUAAGCAAAUAUCUAAAUCAAUCAGUGAUGAUAGUCGAGUCUUACUGUUGUAAAUGACCCUCACAGCCCUUUCUAGUGAAAGACGUCAUCAAUGUUUAUUGUAAAUAUUGGUAUAUAUUGCCUUUCUCUGUACAUAGUGCUCUCACGGCCCACGAUUGUUCAUAUGAAUCUAAUGGCAUAUUUUUAUAAGUAUUUUUGUCUAUUUUUUUCCUCGUUUGGCAUGUGCCGUCUCAUUUAAAUUAAAACUAUUACAGUAUUUUAAAAGAAGAGAAGAUAAUCCGCUCUGCAUCUGCGGGUUCUGUAACAGUCCUCAUGCUUUUUUCACACCGUUGUACUAUUUUGUCACUGUGGGUUUCUUUGUAAUUAAACAUUUCACUGAUGCCAGAA